AUCUCAGCCCCCGCGUCGUCUCUCUCCACGCGGACCCCGAGCGCCGGGGGUUUACGUCGCCGGGACGGCAGAUGUCAGGAUGCCGGAGCAGAGCAACGACUAUCGCGUGGUCGUGUUCGGGGCGGGCGGCGUCGGCAAGAGUUCCCUCGUGCUGCGCUUCGUGAAGGGGUCCUUCCGCGAGUCCUACAUACCGACCAUCGAGGACACCUACAGACAGGUGAUAAGUUGCGACAAAAACAUAUGCACACUUCAAAUUACGGAUACAACGGGGUCCCAUCAGUUUCCCGCUAUGCAGCGGCUCUCCAUAAGCAAAGGUCACGCCUUCAUCUUGGUGUACUCGGUGUGCUCACGGCAAAGCCUCGAGGAGCUACGACCGAUCUGGGCCGUGAUAAGGGAGCUCAAGGGCCAAGAUAUCUCGCAGAUACCCAUUAUGUUGGUCGGGAACAAGUGCGACGAGAGCCCGUCGGUGCGUGAGGUGUCGAUGAGCGAGGGCGCGGCCGAAGCGGCCAACUGGGGCUGCGGCUUCCUGGAGACCUCGGCCAAGACGAAUCACAACGUGGACGCCCUGUUCCGGGACCUGCUCACCCUCGAGAAGAACCGCUCGGUCUCGUUACAGCCGGUGCAGAGCAACAACGCGAUAAGACUCAAGGAGAAGUGUGCCGUUAUGUAAAAAAAAAAAAAAGAAAGAAAAAUUCGCCAUUUGCUCCGAUCCGCAUCGCGUUACGUCGCGACCCGACGACGAGGCCCGCGCCUCCCCGGGUCCCGCCGUCCUCCGAGACGCGCGGCCUCGCCGCCAACCGCCGAAUGGUAUCCUACGCAAGCCGGUUUCGCCAGCGACGGACGACUUGUUCGCGACUCGAAUCCCUCGGCGGCUCCCGUCUCCCGUUUCGAGAUCCGUCGAGAGGUUUACGGCGCGUCGUACUUCGUCUCGCACGCGGGCCUAGUGAAUGUCUCCGCGAGAUUUGGCAUUUUCAAGAUAAUUUUUUAAGGGAUCCUGAGAGAACGUUUUAGAACUUUUCAAUUCUCGAUAACCGGGUCAACCUCGCGCGACCCGAGGAAGGCAGGAGGCGCUUUGCUUUUUUUUCUCUCUCCCUCUGUCGACGAACGCGAAGGAGUUACUCGAAUUCGUGCGUGCGUUGCUCGUCGGCGGUGAAGCCCUUUUUUGUUUCAAUUUGAGUUACGACACUUUAUACACAAUAGACCGCUCGACCGCGUAUAAUUUCUCCGUGCUCGACGAUGGCGAAUUACUCGAGCCCCCGCUCUUGUUUUUCUUGACUCCGUCAUGGAAUCGUCCGCGGUAAUCUCGAUCUGCGACGAGGGUCGGCAAAAGCAACGAUAACCAAGUCUUACCACUGAGAACAGUCGCGCGUUUCUCAGCCGCUGAUACCGCAAGUCUGACGAUAACGAUCUCAGCAACGUUGUAAACUUAUCGUAACAUAUCACGAGAUACAUGAUAUCGAAGUGUCUGAUUUUUUCAUUUCGGGAGGAUUAAUUUUUAUAGGAAAGGGUUUCUUCCGCGUCACAAAGAUCCGGUCGCUCGUGACAAGCGCGUACUUUUUCAAACAUUUUUCCCAUAAAUAUAGUUUCGUAUAUUAAUCGUAACGUAAAUGAAUGAUAAUAACGAUAGCGAUAUAAAAGUCGUAAUUAGUUGUAAUUAAUUCCUCGGGGUGUAGCGGGACAAAAAGCCGAGUUAUCGCGAUUGUUGCAAUCGCUUCUUGUCGCAAUUAACUCCAAGCUCUCCGUCUAACAAUAGCGGACAAUUAAUAACUUCUACAAAAUCUCUUGUUCGCAGCGCCGAAAAGACCCCGAUGAUUUACCGUCGUGUGAAACGAUUACAAAAUUAAUAUCGAGCUUAGUCGGGCGAUUAUCGGGAUAAUCGUUCUCGCGGAACCGUUGCUCCCUUGUCGGUUUCCGCUGGAGCGUCGCCCAAGAUCGUUCCUUUUGCACGCGGAUAAACAACGAAUUGUCGUGGAAGAUCGAGCGCGCUUUGUCCGCUCGCAAUCGAGACGGUCCGCGUCGAAGGGCAGCCGUAGAAGCGGCCCCCUUUUUUCCCCGCGUAGGUCGAUUUGCUGAAUCCCGUGAAAAAAAAGACGUGUACCAAUUUUGUAUCAAAUGUGGAGAACAAAAAGUUGAAAAUUCACGGGGGAUCGGGCGGACGUUAGAAAAAUGCGAAUUCCGGGAAGUAACGAACGUUGAAAAGAGAUUCAGCGAAAUGUAGCCCGAGCGCGAAAAUCGUUAAGAGUGAAUUAUCGCCGAGCCCGUGUCUGGAUCCCGGUAAAAUAUAUGCUGAGAAAUAUGAACCCGAAUGGCGAGGGCUUUAAAAGGGAUCUACUCUACGCGGGGGGGGGCCGUACGGCGCGGCCUUUUUUCGCGGACCGCCUCAAUUUAGCUAACGUGCCGAAUCGAUAAUAGCCCUUCCAUGAAAAUUCCGCAAUGCUCCGCAAUCGGAGACUACCGCACGACGACUAGGGACCGGUGUAAUGCGCGCGCGUGAAAGUUUUUCGUGAGGAUGACAGCAGAGAGAAAGAAAGACCAAAUGUGAGAGAAAGCGAGGGCGAGAGAAAGCUGAAGAAAGAGUGAAAGUGCGUGUGCGAACGACGAAUAACAAGUAGAUAAGAGUUGUUACGAGAUUGGUUUUUGUUGAAUAGUUGUAAGAAUUUUGUAAUGACUAUGCUAGCUAAUUAGAAUUACAAACGGGCAGCAAGACAUGACACAGGUCCGCGUACAGCACACACGUACACACGUGUAUACGCAGAGAAACCCGCGAGUCGUAUUAAUUUGUAUCAUUGAACGUGCAAAUUUAUACAGAAACACGCGCGCACACACACACACACACACACACACACAUAUACGUAGGCACAGAUUUGUUGACAGGCGCGAGAGAUUACGAGAUAAUUGUAACUGUGACAUGUGAUUGCACACCAUAUCGACGCAGUGUUUCUCAUGUCUUCUCCAAGGGAAAAGGCUCGACCCGAGGCGUUCUUCGGCGUUCUCACUUAGGGGAACCUCUAACGAGACAAUUAGCGGAACAG